CUCUGCAGUGAUGGCGGAGAACGACAAGGGAAAAACCUCGAAACCUCCAGAGGAGAUCAAGGAGUUAUUGAAGGAGUUCCACGAUAUUCUUCCGGACGAUCUUCCGAAUGAGCUACCGCCAUACCGAAUGCAUCAACACGAGAUCGUGGAGGAACCGGGUUCGAAGCCGGCCUUCCGAGCACCAUAUCGGCUCAGCCCUACGGAGCUGACCGACAUGAAAAAACAAAUCGAGUAUCUCCUAGCCAAAGGACUCAUCCGACCAUCCACUUCGCCAUACGAUGCCCCAGUACUCUUCACACCGAAACCGGACGGAAGCCUGCGCAUGUGCAUCGACUACCGAGCUCUUAACAAGCAGACCAUCAAGGAUAAAUAUCCGAUUCCGCGAAUCGAUGACCUGCUUGACCAGCUUCGGGGAGCUACGGUAUUUUCCAAACUGGAUCUGUGUUCUGGAUACUGUCACAAAACUGCUUUCCGAACUCGGUAUGGAUCGUACGAGUAUUUGGUAAUGCCGUUUGGACUCACCAACGCACCGGCAACGUUCCAAGCCGAAAUGAACCACAUUCUACGACCACUUUUGGACGAGUGCGUGGUGGUGUACCUGGACGACAUCCUCAUCUACUCGCGCGACAUGAAGCAGCACGUCGAACACCUGCGACGCGUCUUCGAAAUUCUUCGACGAGAACGAUUCUACGUCAAACUGUCCAAGAGCGAAUUCGCCCUUGAGAAGGUCCAAUUCCUAUGACACAUGGUGAGCGCUCAAGGAGUUCACG